GAAUCUAUUUAUCGUAUUGAAUUUCCAGAUGUUGAUAAUUAUGUACAUGAAUAAUGAUUGUAUUUUAAAAAUCCAAUUAAUAUAUAAAAUAAUUAAAUUUAUUAAGAUUUAAAUCUGAAAAUCCUAGAGUAGAAGAAUGAAUUUUUUGAACUUGUAUGUUCUUUAUUAAGCAAAUUUCAUAUUUCUACAGCAAAUCAAAUUUGGUUGGAGGUCGCUACUUUUGAACCUGAUAAAUUUCCAUGCUUAUUUGGACUAUUUUAUUUCACUUCCAAUUAAGGACUAAACAACCGCUAAUAUCACCUUAUGGUAAAUUAACAACACACUAAAGUUUUCACGGUAAGGUAGUAGUGCUAUUAAACUCUACUUGUGUUCAUUGAAAUAUUCAAAAAGAAGAAAAAAAAUGAAGUCUCUCGUAGUAUUACUGUGUUAUAUGGUAUUGUUACAUGUUGUAUUUUAUCUGUUGCAUCUAAUUGAGGCCUCAACAAAACCUUCCUACUAUAUUACUAAGGUUGGUGGUUCUAAACAAUGUGAUGGUGCCUUAGCAGUGAAUGCUCUGUUAGGUGGUCCUAGUCAUUUAACAUUCAAUCAAGAUGGUGAUCUCUUUGUAGCAGAAUACGUGUUUCAUCGUAUUAGAAAGAUUGAUAGAUAUGGAUACAUUUCAACAAUUGCUGGACAAAUGACGAAGGGAAGUGAUGGAGAUGGUGGUUUGGCUACUGCUUCACAGAUGAAUUCUCCUCGAGGAGUGUUUUUUGAUGAUGUAACUGGUAGUUUGUUUGUUGCGGAUACUAACAAUCACAAGAUUAGAAAAAUUGAUAAUUUUGGAGUCAUUUCAACUGAUUUUGAUUGUUUUGGGAUAAAGAAGAGUAAUUCAAGUGUUUGUUCAUCAUUAGGCACUUGCUCCUCUCCAAAUAAUUGCACAUGUCAAUCAGGAUAUUAUGGAGUUGUAUGUCAGGAUUUUUAUUGUUAUGGAAACUUGUUUAAUAGUUCAAGUGUUUGUUCUGGGCACGGAUCUUGUCAAAGUUCAAAUAAUUGCACAUGUAAAUCAGGUUAUUAUGGAGCUAAUUGUGAUUCACAUUUUUGUUAUGGAAAUCUGUUCAAUACCUCAAAAGUUUGUUCUGGAAAGGGUGUAUGCAAUUCUCCAAAUAAUUGUACAUGCCGAUCAGGAUAUUAUGGAUCUAAUUGUGAAUUAUUCGAAUGUUUUGGAAACCUUUACAAUUCCACACAUGUUUGUUCCAAUCGUGGCUCUUGUCUGUCACCUCAAAACUGUUCUUGUCAAUCUGGAUAUUAUGGAGAAGAAUGUCAAUUUUAUGAAUGUAAUGGUUUGUUAAAAAAUGAUUCAUUUGUUUGCUCUGGACGUGGCAUUUGUCAAUCUUCACAAAAUUGUUCAUGUCAAUUAGGAUAUUAUGGAAAUGUUUGUGAAAAUUAUGAAUGUUUUGGUCAAUUAUACAAUUCUUCAAAAGGUUGUACUGGAAGUGGUUCAUGUCUUGCUCCAAAUAAUUGUUCAUGUGAAAAUGGAUACUAUGGAAUAUCGUGUGAACUUUAUAAUUGUUUUGGAAUUAUCAAAAAUUCAUCAAAUGUUUGUUAUGGACAUGGAAAUUGUUCUGCUUUUAAUAAUUGCACAUGUUCUAUGAAUUUUUAUGGAUAUGAAUGUGCAGAAUUUGAUUGUUUGGGGAUAAAUAGAAAUAAUGGAAGUGUUUGUUCUGGAGUUGGUUCAUGUCUGUCACCAAAUAAUUGCUCAUGUUCAAUUGGACAUUAUGGAAAUAAUUGUGAAUUUUAUGAUUGUUUUAAUUUGAGAUUUGAUAACUCGACAGUUUGUUCAGGUUAUGGAAGUUGUUUAUCACCUGAUAAUUGUAAUUGUAAAAAUGCAUAUUAUGGAAGAAAUUGUGAAGCUUUUGACUGUUAUGGUAAAAUGUUUAACAUGUCAAAUGUUUGCUCAUUGAAUGGCAUUUGUUCAUCACCAAAUAAUUGUACUUGUAAUGAGAAUUAUUAUGGAUAUGAUUGUAGUUUAUAUCAAUGUUAUGAUAAUUUAUUCAAUUCAUCACAUGUUUGUUCAUCAAAAGGUCAAUGUCUUUCAUUCAAUAAUUGUUCAUGUCAAUUAGGAUAUUAUGGAAUUAAUUGUGAACUUUUUGAAUGUUUUGGAAACUUGUUUAAUAGUUCAAGUGUUUGUUAUGGAAAGGGUGUAUGCAAUUCUCCAAAUAAUUGUACAUGUGAUACUGGUUAUUAUGGAUCUAAUUGUGAAUUAUUCAAAUGUUAUGAAAAGAUUUUCAACGAUUCAAAUAUUUGCUCUUCCAAUGGUUAUUGCAAUUCUCCAAAUAAUUGCAUUUGUAUGAAUGGUUAUUACGGACAAGAAUGUGAAUUAUUCGAAUGUUUUGGAAACCUUUACAAUUCCACACAAGUGUGUUCGAAACAUGGAGAAUGUUCAACUCCUCAAAACUGUUCUUGUCAAUCAGGUUAUUAUGGACAAGAAUGUCAAUUUUAUGAAUGUAGUGGUUUGUUAAAAAAUGAUUCACUUGUUUGCUCUGGACGUGGCAUUUGUCAAUCUUCACAAAAUUGUUCAUGUCAAUUAGGAUAUUAUGGAAAUGUUUGUGAAAAUUAUGAAUGUUUUGGUCAAUUAUACAAUUCCUCCACAGUUUGUACUGGAAGUGGUUCAUGUCUUGCUCCAAAUAAUUGUUCAUGUGAAAAUGGUUAUCAUGGAGAUUCUUGUGAAUUAUUUGAAUGUUUUGAUAUUGAGUUUAAUUCAUCAAAUGUUUGUUCUCAGAAUGGAAGUUGUGUUUCACCAAAUAAUUGUUCAUGUCAAUUGGGACAUUAUGGAAAUAAUUGUUCAUUAUUCAAUUGCUUUAGUUUUGUUUAUAAUUCUUCUAAAGUUUGCUCAUCACAUGGAUUAUGUAUUUCACCAAAUGAAUGUUCAUGUCAAUUUGGAUAUUUUGGUUUUGAAUGUGAAUUAUUUGAAUGUUAUGGAAAUUUGUUUAAUUCUUCACAAGUUUGUUCAUUAUUUGGUGAAUGUAUUUCUCCAAAUCAUUGUAAUUGCAGGAAUGGAUAUUAUGGUUUGGAUUGUGAAUUAUUUGAAUGUUUUGGAGAUUUGUUCAAUUCUUCAAAUGUUUGUUCAAAACAUGGAAAUUGCUCUAAACCAAACGAAUGUAAAUGUAAAGAUGGAUACAGUGGAAAUAGUUGUAAUUUAUAUGAAUGUUUUGGUGUUCCAUUUGAUAAUCAUACUGUUUGUUCAAAACAUGGUGAAUGUGUAUCACCAAAUAACUGCUCAUGUGAAGAAGGUUACAAUGAAAAUAAUUGUGAAUUAUUCCAAUGUUAUGGAAAUUUGUUUAAUUCUUCACAAGUUUGUUCCACUCAUGGUUCUUGUCUAAAUCCAAAUAACUGCUCAUGUGUAGAUGAUUAUUUUGGUGAAUCAUGUGAUUUAUAUUCAUGUUUUGAUAUUUUAUUUAACAACAGUUCAGUUUGUUCUGGAAAUGGAAAAUGUCAAAUACCAAAUAAUUGUACAUGUUAUGAUGGAUAUUAUGGUGAUGAAUGUUCUCAAUUUAACUGUUUUGGAAUUGAAAGUAUAGAUUUAAAUGUUUGUAAUGGAAAUGGUUCUUGUAUUUCUCCAAAUAUUUGUUCAUGUCAAUAUUCUUAUUAUGGUAAUGAAUGUGAAAAUCAGACAUUUGAUUCAAUUAUUUGUUUUGGUAAACUGUCAACAGAUAAUCAAGUUUGUUCUGGAAGAGGAAAUUGUUCUUCCCAUAAUAAUUGUUCAUGUGAAAUAUUGUCAACAACUGUUAUUUACAAUGGAAGUAAUUGUGAAUUUGAAAUUUGUACUCUAAAUUAUUAUGGAACAAAUUGUUCUACUUAUUGUAAUGACAAUGUGACAUGUUCUUCUCAUGGGAAAUGUUCAGAUGAUGAUGGAAAAUGUUUGUGUCAUUCAAAUUCUAUUCAAGGUUAUUGGAAUGGAACAAAUUGUAACAUGUGUCAAGAUACUUAUUAUGGAGAGGAUUGUUUAACGAGUAUUUCUUCAAUUAUUAGAUUCUCUGAUAAUGGAAAUUCAUUAAUUUUAUAUUUGAAAGCUCCAUCUAAUUAUGGAAAUGAUUCAGUUGACUGUAACAAAUUAGUUCAAGUUUCUGAACAAGGAAUUUUCCCAACUAUUUGUCACUGGAAGAACAAGACAUCUGGCUUAUUCGAAUUACAAAUCUAUAGUUUUUAUAAUAAUAAUUAUACUCUAAAAAUUAAUACGAGAGUGUUUGAAAAUUCUCCACCUGAAUAUUUAUUCAUUUCAAUUCAACCUCCUGAUAAUCCAGCAACACCAAUUGCUAAAUUAUCAACUGUAACACAUAACUUUGGUGCUUUGGAUGAUAUUGUAAUUGAUGCAUCUUCUAGCACUAGCUCUUUAAUUAAUUUCAAUGAAAUUAUCUAUAUUUGGCAUGUUAUCAAUUCUCCUGAACCAAUAAUCAUUAAUAAUAGUUCAUCAAUUAUUUCAUUUAAAUAUGAUGAAAUUCCAUCUGGUAAUUAUUCACUUCAACUUGAAGUUUGUAAUUAUUUUGCUAAAUGUAGUCAUCCCAUUGUUUACAAUUUUACAAAACAAGAAUUUGUAGCUCCACAAGUUAAAGUAGCAGAUGAUACACAAUCUAUGAUUGUUAAUUCAUUGAAUUGUCCUAUUUACAUUAAAAAAUAUACAGACCUUUCAGAUUUAAGUGAAACAAUCACAUCCCAAAUUAAAUAUGAAUGGAAACAAAUUGAAGGACCAUCAGUUGAUUUUAAUGUAAAAUCCAAUGGAGAUUUGGUGAUUAAUUCAUUUUCUGAUAUUAUGGCUAACAAAUAUAUAUUUCAAGUUAUACUUUCUAUUUUUGGAAAAGUUUCAUCAGAGAAAAUAACUUUACACACUUUGGAACCUGAAUAUACUAUAAUAAUGUAUCAAUCAAAUAUAUUUGAUAACAAACAUGUUCUUAUGAAUGUAGAAAUUACUCCUAUUGAAUCAACAAUAUUAUUGAAUAAGUUUGAUUGGAAUUUUACAUGUAUUCAAGAUAAUCAUCAAUGUGAUCAAUCUUUACUUGAUAUUUUAACAAGGGUUGUACAAUUUAAAGAAACAUUAUUUGAAAUACCUCAGUCACUUAAACAAGUUGAUAUAACUCUUCAAAUUGGUAAUAACAAAGUUUCAGAAAGAAUAUUUGAAAACAUUCCAAAAAUUAGUUUAUUGAAUGUUUCACCUCAGAGAAUAUUAUUAACUACUUUUGAUAUUCUAUCAUUGGAUUUCCUUGUGAGUUUGAAUGACAAAUUUGAUGGAAUUGAUUCAGAAAUUGAAAGAAAAUGGCAAUUGAAUGGAGAUGAUUUACCAUCUAAUUAUUUGACAGGAGUUGUUAAGGAUAUUUCAAAAUCUAAUUCAAUGAAUUUAUUAAUAUCUAAAUUGAUUGAAGGAAGUUCAAACAUUUUAACUUUCAAAGUCACUCACAUUUCAUCAAUGGUUUUUGAUUCAUUUUCUUAUAACUUUAAUGUUGCAUUAAAUCCUAAACCAUGUAAUUGUUCUAUUUCUCCUUUAACUGGUUAUGCAUUAGAUACUGUAUUUUCAAUCUCAUGCUCUAGUUGUAUUACAAGUGAUACAAUAUUACAAAUUUCAUUCCUAGAUUUUAUAACUGGACUCAAAAUUCCUCUCAAUGAAGGUAAAUCUUCUCAAAUUGAUAUUCAACUUCCUUUCACUGGUUCUGAAUCUCUUUCACUCUUCUUUACUACUAGGAAUAUUUAUUCUAAUUCAUAUACAGAAUUAGAACUAAAACAAACUAUUCUCCUACCAAAUGUAACAAAUUGGACAGAAAUUCAAUUGAAGAAAUCUUCUUGGGAUACAUUCUAUAAAUCAAUCCCAGUAGGUGAUCCAAGAAAAUUAGUUUUUGGUUAUGUAUUAUUAACAGUGGAUGGUAUGGCAAGAAGGUAUUUACCAACUCUAUCUCAAUUGACAACAUGUUUUAAUGGUGGAAUUUAUAAUUCUCAAUUUAAAACAUGUAACUGUUUACCAGGAUUUAAAAAAUUAGAUUGUAGUUGGAAUGAAACUUAUUGGAAUGAUAUUUCAAAUUCCAAAUCUAAAACUUUAAAUAUAAUGUUUGAUGAAUAUGAAGAAAGAAACUUGAAUGAACCUCAAAAUGAAAAGAGAUUAUCAACUCAAAUUUCAACAAUGUAUUAUUUAUUGAUUAAUUAUGAUGAAUUAUGUAACGAAAUGUUGAAUAGAAUUUUUAUAAUUUUUAAAAAUCAAUUGAAAGAUGGAGUGAAAUUAACACAUUUAAUUUUAUCUGAAAAUUUGGUAAAUACAAUGUCAAAUGUUUUCUCUUUAAUUGUAAAAGCAAGAUUAUCAAUAGAUUUAUCAAUUAAUAACAAAUUUUAUGAUGAAACUAUGAAUUGUUUAUCUGAUUUAUUGAUUUUGAGAGAAAGAAGUCAAUUUGUGAAAAGUUCUGUAAUUUUUGAAAAUGAUUUGACAUUAGUUAUUUCUUUAAAAAUGUAUCCAAGUGAUUUAUCUGAAAGUAAAUUUGAAUAUCAUGGAUUUAAAUAUUUAGAAUAUCCAUCAUUAAGUUAUUUUAAUAAUUUUGAUUUUAGAAAAGUUGUUUAUUCAAGAUUAAUUAUGAAACCUAUUUAUUAUAAUACAUUGAAUGAAACUUUAAUUGUAAAUGAUAACUCAACCAUCAUUCAAACAACUAUAAGAAGUGCUAAUCAUUCUCUUUAUUCAGAAAUUGUAAAUCAAAAUAUUUCAAUUUCAAAUAACUUAAUUUCUUAUUAUUUUCAAUUUGAAAAAAUUGUAAAUUCUUCUACAAUUGAAGAAGAAUUUAAUUCAACUUCAAUGAAAAAGAUAAGUACAACUUCACAAGUUAUUUGUCAAAGUGAAUUCUCUCAAUGUGAUACAGAACUUUCAGAUAGAAAUAUUUACAAAUGUAAAUGUUCUUCAAAAGCACAAUCUGUUACUAUUCAAGAAGUUAUUAUUCAAAAGGUUGAAUUUUUAACCAUUCCAGAAUCAUCUAAUAACUUGCCUUCUCAAAUCAUGAAACGAAAGCAAUCUAAUGCUGAACUUGGUUUUUUAGGAUUUCUUGGAAUAAUUCCACUCAUUCUCAUUAUCAUUUUGAUUGUUAUUAUUAUUCAAAAUAAGAGAAUGCAUACUGAGUCGUUCAUUCAAGAAGAAGAACAAGUUGAAUUGCAGUGGUCUGUGUAG